GCCGCCUCCCACUCGGUGGCUCCUACGCGGCUAGCGGGUCGUCAGUGGAUGCAGGCUGGGCGCCGCGAUGUUCGACGGGACAUCGGCGGAGAGAGACCUUGGGGUUAAGGGGUGGGGCUGACGUCAAGAGCCAAGAUGGCGGCGGUGGUCGCACUCUCCUUGAGGGGCCGGUUACCGGCCACAACACUUGGCGGAGCCUGCCUGCAGGCCUCCCGAGGAGCCCAGACAGCCGCAGCCGCAGCUCCCCGUAUCAAGAAAUUUGCCAUCUAUCGAUGGGACCCAGACAAGACUGGAGACAAACCUCAUAUGCAGACUUAUGAAGUUGACCUUAAUAAAUGUGGCCCAUGGUAUUGGAUUGCUUUUAAAUCAAGAUUAAGAAUGAAAUUGUCCUCUACUUUGACCUUCGAAACACAUCAUAGAAACCAGCUGCAAGCUCUUCUGCGGGAUAACUUGCUGUGUGACCUAGUUCCUUUUCUUGGGGGAGAUGUGCGUGUCUCCCUCAGCUCCCAGCAUGACAUGUACUCGGUAGCUGUGUUCCGGAUUGGAUGUGUUAAAUGUGUGUCUCUUUCAGGCAUCUGUGGCUCUUGUGCAAUGAACAUCAAUGGAGGCAACACUCUAGCUUGCACCCGAAGGAUUGACACCAACCUCAAUAAGGUCUCAAAAAUCUACCCUCUUCCGCAUAUGUAUGUGAUAAAGGACCUUGUUCCCGAUUUGAGCAACUUCUAUGCUCAGUACAAAUCCAUUGAGCCUUAUUUGAAGAAGAAGGAUGAAUCUCAGGAAGGCAAGCAGCAGUAUCUGCAGUCCAUAGAAGAGCGUGAGAAACUGGACGGGCUCUACGAGUGCAUUCUCUGUGCCUGCUGUAGCACCAGCUGCCCCAGCUACUGGUGGAACGGAGACAAAUAUCUGGGGCCUGCAGUUCUUAUGCAGGCCUAUCGCUGGAUGAUUGACUCCAGAGACGACUUCACAGAGGAGCGCCUGGCCAAGCUGCAGGACCCGUUCUCUCUAUACCGCUGCCACACCAUCAUGAACUGCACAAGGACCUGUCCUAAGGGUCUGAAUCCAGGGAAAGCUAUUGCGGAAAUCAAGAAAAUGAUGGCAACCUAUAAGGAGAAGAAAGCUUCAGUUUAAGUGUUUCCAUGCUAAACAUGACUUAAAACCAGCUCAGAGCUGAACAUAAUUUAUAUCUAAUUUGAGUUCCUUUAAAGAUCUUGGUUUUCCAUGAAUACAGCAUGUAUAAUAAAAAUUUUAAGAAAUAAAUGUUAUUCUACUUUA